CAAGACUUGGGCAACACAAACACAGCUGUGAUGGACAUAAUGAUUGCGGUGCAGGAUGCUUGUGUCUCUGGUCAGUGGCUUACUGCGAUAAUACUCAGCCUGUGCUGCUUUCUGCCGUCCUGUUUGCCCGCUGGACAAACUGUGGACUAUUCCUCGGUGGAAAGUGUGGUCAGCAGACAAGGCGACACGGCUCUACUGAGGUGCUACCUAUUGGAUGGGAUCUCUAAAGGAGCCUGGCUGAACCGCUCGAGCAUCAUAUUCGCAGGGAACGACAAGUGGUCGGUGGACCCACGUGUGUCCAUCGUGUCCAGCGUCGGAGACAAACAUGAGUACAGCCUUCAGAUACAGAAAGUGGACGUAUCUGACGACGGCCAGUACACAUGCUCCAUUCAGAGCGAGCGCAACCCAAGGCCAAAGCUUCUCAACCUAAUUGUAAAAGUUCCUCCCAAGAUAUAUGACAUUUCUUCCGACAUCACGGUAAAUGAGGGCAGCAAUGUGUCGCUCAUCUGUACAGCCAGUGGGAAACCCGAGCCAGGCAUUUCCUGGAGACACAUAACCCCAUUAGCCAGGAAGUAUGACAGUGGCGAAUAUCUUAACAUCACCGGCAUCACAAGGGACCAGGCUGGAGACUACGAAUGCAGCGCUCUAAAUGACAUCGCCUCUCCUGACACCAAAACAGUAAAAGUCACAGUCAACUUUGCUCCAGCUAUCCAUGAGAUGAAAAGCCAUGGUGUUGGUCUGGGACGCACAGCUCUGCUAAGGUGUGAGGCAGCUGCUGUGCCUCCUCCGACGUUCGAGUGGUACAAGGGUGAAAAAAGGAUUAUCAAGGGUCAAGGCAUCGACAUCAAGAGCCUCAGCUCCAGAUCAGUCCUCACAGUGACCAACAUGACAGAGGAUCGUUACGGGAACUACACAUGUGUCGCCUCCAACAAGCUAGGGACGGCUAAUGCCAGUGUGCCUCUCAUUCCAAUUAUUGAACCCACCACCACUAGUGCUGUCUCAAGCCCAGCGCCCAACACUGCACCCUAUGGGAGCACAGGAAGCGCGCACGUCCCGCUGGCCUGCCAAUACCUGGUCCUGGCUCUCUCCUCCUUCAUCAGCGUGUACUAGCAGAGGCCAGUCCAGACACAAUGACUGUCGAGAGCAUUUAUGAAUCCUUUUUGACAUUGCUGAAGGCUGGAGUCCAAUCUGGUACAGUUUGUUGAAAAGCCGUGAUGAUGGGGAAAAUAAUCAGCGUUACUUUGUGUGGGGAAAUUUUUCUUUUUAUUUUCUUUGCUUUUUUUGGUGAAAUUUCUGUCAUGUAAAUACUAUGAUGUUUUUUUUAUUUUUAUUAUUAUUAUUAUUAUUUCCUCUCUUAUUUUCUGAUUGAUUGUGAAUCAGUGCUCGCCCCCCCCCCCCCAUCCCCCAUCACCCCACCCCACUUCCAAUCAUAUCAAAAAGCCCCCAAACUUCCCAAACAAGUUACUUUCAUGCCUCUUUCUCUGGGAGGCGACGGCGCAUAAUUGACAUUUUCAUCCGUUUUUGUACAUGGCUAAAAAGAAGCAAUUGUGCCAAGUCUCUCAGUACACAGAAUUACCAUACCAAUGUUGUAUUGAAUGUAUUAUGGGUUGUUGAACAAAGGAAAGACAUUUAGAUUCCUAACAAUACAAAUUCUGAAUAUGGAGUGUGCUUAAAAAAGAAAAAAACAGAAAAAAAAAUCAAAAGAACAUAAAGGCAGGGCUUUUUCAGGACCUGUAUUGUCAUGAUUACUCAAUAGAUGGAUGAACAGUGUUGAAGGUGUGCUUUGUUGUAUUCUGAAAUGGGUCCUUCAGUUACUAUGCCUGCCUAACAGAUUUGAUCAGGCGGCCGUCAAAGUAGCAAAGUAUACUGUAUUGUAUCUUUAUAUUUUAAUAUAGUGUAGGCUUUUGUUUUAAAGUGGGACCAGCUUUUCUCAUUCGACCAAGAGCAUUAACACAGUCCAUGACUUUGUACAGUAUGAAGGGAGGAACAUCGUUGCCCUAUGUUUACAUUUUUCUUGAAAAUAUAAAUAACCACAGUAUAUACUCCAUAUUUUUUUUUUUCCUUUCAGAGAGUCCACAUAACGUGAAUGUCACAACAAACUGUUGCAGCUGAGAAGAAAAAGCAGAGCCCGAGCUUUUCUCAGCUCUUUGAAACGCGCCACCUCCAGUGGGCGUCUGAGCAGAGCGUCUUGCCUCUGAAUUUGUUGUGUGCUCACUGAUCAUCGACUGGCUGGAAAACCCACAGCUGCACACUGUAGGUCGCUCGAAGUUUUUGGCUUCAACUUUUGGCAUGAUACUUAAAUAAUGGACUCUGGGAAAGCAGCAUUCUGCAGCACGGUACUUUAUUCCCCUGUUUUUUUUUUACAGAUAAUUCAAUACUUAAAUAUAGUCUCUUUUAUAGUAAAUAUAUCUACUUCAUUGCACCAGUAAACAAAUAAAGGACAUCCAGAGAGCCAUAGGUCAUGUAACUUAAGAUUUCUGGCAACAUAUAUGAUCUAAAAGAAAAAGUAUAAAUAAUGCCGAGUUCACACUACACAACUUUAACCCUGAUUUUCCAUUUUUUGUUUUUGUUUUUGAAGCUCCCCGACAAAAGCCCUAGAUUAAAUCCGCGUUGCCUCGCCACUCGCACAUUGCCGCUCGAGCGUCAUGUGUGAACUGCUCAAAGACGCGCGCCGAGAGGUUCGCCAAUGCCUCGCAGACACAUUCCAGAUAUCUAGCAUGCUAAAUAUCUGGACCUGUCGGGGACUCC